UGACAUCAGGGUUAGUCUGUAAGGCUGAGGGCUGUACGGGGCUGUAGGGCUGGGAGGCUGCCGGUGACAGUUCCGCUGGAGCUGGAGGGAGCUGGUGGGAGCGUUCCGGGGCUGUGUCAGCCAAUAUGAACGCUAUGUAGGGAAAAGAACAGCAAUUCUAACAACUGCCGUCCCUCCCGAAGUGUGCGGCUCACUGACAGAAGGGGCCCGAUAUAAUCCAGGGUUUAUCAUCCAACCACGUGCAGUCAUCAUGGCUUUCAGUAAAGGAUAUCGGAUCUUUCACAAACUGGAUCCAACCCCAUUCAGCGUUAUUGUGGAGGCCAGAAACAGAGAGGAGUGUCUUUUGUUUGAAUCUGGAGCAGUUGCCGUUCUGUCAUCUGCGGAAAAAGAAGCAAUAAAGAACAGUUACACUAAAGUUAUGGAUGCGUAUGGGCUGCUGGGGGUUCUGCGAUUAAAUCUUGGAGAUUCCAUGUCCUAUUAUCUAGUGCUGGUAACUGGGUGUAUGUCAGUAGGGAAAAUCCAAGAUUCCGAGGUCUUCCGGGUGACUUCCACGGAUUUCAUUUCAUUGCGAAUGGAUCCUAUGGCUGAAGAUCGCAUGUCAGAAGUGCGCAAAGUAUUAAAUUCUGGCAGUUUCUAUUUUGCUUGGUCUUCUACCGGAGUCAGCUUAGAUCUUAGUCUCAAUGCUCACCGUAGCACCCAGGAGCACAGAACAGACAACAGGUUUUUCUGGAACCAGUCUCUUCAUUUGCACCUAAAGCAUUAUGGUGUAAACUGUGAUGAGUGGCUGCUGCGUCUAAUGUGCGGUGGCGUAGAGAUUAGGACUAUUUAUGCCGGGCACCAGCAGGCCAAGGCCUGUAUCAUUUCCCGUCUCAGCUGUGAAAGAGCAGGCACUAGGUUCAAUGUACGAGGAACAAAUGAUUAUGGGCAAGCUGCUAACUUUGUGGAAACCGAACAGGUUAUAUACCUUGAUGAUUGCGUCUCUUCCUUUAUACAGAUUCGGGGUUCCAUACCUCUGUUUUGGGAACAACCAGGCUUGCAAGUGGGAUCGCACCGUGUUAGAAUGUCAAGGGGAUUUGAAGCCAACGCACCAGCCUUUGAUAGACAUUUCCUGACUUUGAAGAGGCUUUAUGGAAAACAAUUUAUAGUAAAUUUACUAGGGUCCAAGGAGGGAGAGAGCAUGCUGAGUAGAGCCUUUCAGAAUCAUUUAAAAGCCUCUGAGCACUCUGCAUCUAUCCAGAUGAUGAAUUUUGACUAUCAUCAGAUGGUUAGAGGGGGCAAAGCGGAGAAGCUCCACAGCGUUUUGAAGCCUAAAGUUAACACCUUCUUGGAGGAGUGUGGAUUUUUCUUUCUUGACAAGAAUGGAGUUCACAGGACUCAAAUUGGAACCAUCAGAUCCAACUGCCUUGAUUGUCUAGAUAGAACCAACAGUGUACAGGCAUUCUUAGGUCUAGAGAUGCUGUUAAAGCAGUUAGAAGUUCUAGGCUUGGCUGAAAAACCACAACUAGUCACACGUUUCCAAGAAGUCUUUCGUUCCAUGUGGUCAACAAAUGGAGACUCCAUAAGCAAGAUUUACGCAGGCACUGGUGCCUUAGAAGGAAAGGCUAAGGGCGGAAAGCUGAAAGAUGGAGCACGAUCUGUGACCAGAACCAUUCAGAAUAAUUUUUUUGAUGGCUCCAAACAAGAAGCGAUAGAUGUUUUGCUUCUGGGAAAUACCCUAAAUAGUGAUCUAGCCGACAAAGCAAGGGCGCUUCUGACCACUGGAAGUUUACAUGUGUCAGAACUGAUGCUGCAGUCAGCAUCCCCCAGAGUGCUACGGUGUAUGUGUGAGAACUACUAUAGGUAUGCAAAGCCGAGGAAAAUCCGCAUCUGUGUCGGCACUUGGAACGUCAACGGUGGGAAGCAAUUCCGAAGCAUCGCUUACAAGAAUUCAACACUGACAGACUGGCUGUUAGAUGCACCAAGAAUUGCCGGUAUUCAGGAAUUUCAAGAUAGACGGAGCAAGCCAGUUGAUAUAUUUGCCAUUGGAUUUGAAGAAAUGGUUGAGUUAAAUGCAGGAAACAUUGUUAAUGCAAGCACAGCCAAUCAAAAGCUGUGGGCUACAGAAUUGCAGAAGACCGUAUCAAGAGACCAUAAAUAUGUACUCCUGGCAUCAGAACAGCUUGUAGGUGUGUGCCUCUACAUCUUCAUCAGACCCCAGCAUGCACCAUUUAUAAGAGAUGUUGCUGUUGAUACUGUAAAGACCGGCAUGGGUGGCGCUACAGGAAACAAAGGAGCUGUUGCCAUACGAAUGCUAUUUCAUACAACCAGCCUGUGCUUUGUCUGUAGCCACUUUGCAGCGGGGCAGUCUCAAGUCAAAGAGAGAAAUGAGGACUAUAAUGAAAUAGCCCGAAAACUCAGUUUUCCAAUGGGCAGAAUGCUGUUUUCUCACGACUAUGUGUUCUGGUGCGGAGACUUUAAUUAUCGGAUUGAUCUGCCAAAUGAAGAGGUCAAAGAAAUGAUCCGAAAUCAAAACUGGGAUUCUCUUAUUUUAGGAGAUCAGCUGAUCAACCAGAAGAACAGUGGGCAGGUUUUCCGUGGGUUUCAAGAGGGAAAAAUUAAUUUUGCUCCUACAUACAAGUAUGAUCUGUUCUCAGAUGACUAUGACACAAGUGAGAAGUGUCGGACUCCAGCAUGGACAGACCGCGUCCUCUGGAGAAGAAGGAAAUGGCCUUUUGACAGAUCAGCUGAAGAUUUAGACCUUCUAAAUUCAAGUUUACAAGAAGGUAAAAAUAUUCCAUAUACCUGGAAUCCAGGUACAUUACUGCACUACGGCAGAGUUGAGCUGAAAACGUCAGAUCACAGGCCAAUUGUGUCUCUGAUUGAUAUAGAUAUAUUUGAAACUGAUGCAGAAGAGCGGCAGAAAAUUUAUAAGGAGGUGGUUGCAUCCCAGGGCCCUCCAGAUGGCACCAUUAUGGUCUCUAUAGAGAGCAGCUCACCAGAAGGGAACUAUUUUGAUGAUAACUUGAUUGACGAGUUGCUCCAGCAGUUUGCAGCUUAUGGAGAAGUCAUACUUAUAAGGUUCGUUGAUGAUAAAAUGUGGGUCACGUUUCUGGAAGGAGGCUCAGCGCUUGCUGUUCUAAGCUUAAAUGGUUCUCAGGUACAGGGAAAAGCAAUCCAUAUCCAAAUGAAAAACCCUGAUUGGAUGGUAGAGUUAGAAGAGCAGAUCAAUUUGGAAAAGAUUAGUCUCAGUUUGCCUUCUUCAACAAGCUCAACCCUGCUCGGUGAAGAUUCAGAAAUUUCUGCAGACUAUGACAUGGAAGGAGAUGUUGAUGAUUACAGUGCAGAGGUAGAAGAAAUUCUUCCCCAGCAUUUACAGCCAUCUUCAUGUUCUACCCUGGGAUCAUCUCCUAGCUCUUCUCCUCGCUCAAGCCCUUGUCCGUCACCAACAAUGCCAGAAGGCCCUCCUCCAUCACUCCCUGUACGACCAAGUCGUGCCCCCCAGAAAACUCCAGGGCCCCCUGUAUCUUCAUCUCAAGCUGAAUUUCAACCAGUGGUACAACAGAAUGCAUCAUUAACUAGUGAACCAAAGCGCCCACCGCCUCCCCGCCCUGGUGUGCCCCCUGCACGCCCAGCACCACCACAGCGUCCACCUCCUCCAUCAGGGGCUAGGAGUCCAGCACCAGUUAGAAAGGAGGUUGGAGGUCCAGGGGCUCCUCCAAGCCCAGGAGUAGCUCGGAGAGAUGUGGAAGUAAGAGGCCAGACUCCUUCACAGAUGGGACCCCCAGCAAUUGCCCCAUGCAGCUCAGUUAGACCGACCAUUCCUCCUCGUGCUGGAGUUAUCAGUGCUCCACAAAGCCAUGUUCGGCCUGUUCCUGCUCGAACAACCCCUGAGGUCCCAAACAAGCCCACCGAACCUGCAAGAGGUGUUCCGUUACUUCCUGAGCCCUUGAAGCCUCAACCUGCGGCUCCUCUUCAAACCAGUCCAAAUUCCCAACCACCCUGCCAAAAACUGCCUGAACCUAUUCUACCUACAGCAGUACAGGCCGCAUCCCAGACUCCACCCUUACAGCAAAAUCUAGACCCUCCUCCACUCCCUCCUCCAAGAAGCCGCUCCUCCCAGAACCUGCCCACUGACCAAAAUGCUUCUCAGCAGCUUCCAGCAAACGGAGUCGUUGGCUUUAAAAGCCAGUUCGACAAUGAUCCUUUUGUGGACUUUUCAUUUGAUCAACUUCCAAAUUCAAAGCUUCAGGCUCCGGUUCCCAUAUCCUCCUCAAGCCAAAAGGAGUCAUUUAAGUUGCCUUCUGCUGUCCAUAAUAAUCCGAGUGGCAUAACUUGCAUGGCUACAUUACCUCCUGUCCCAGCCCGUACUGGAUUCCAAGACAGCACACGCAUUUCACCAAACCCUUUUGUAAACAGGGUCAACACCAUCAGCCCAACCAACCCAUUCACAGAAAGAUCUUCUAAUGCUGGGAAUCCUUUUACAGUCCCAGAAAUGGCCGCACAUAAUCCACUUCAAACAAGGACUUUAGAUCAGUUUAGUUCUACCAGUGAACCUGAACUUCUGCACAGCAAACCGACCUUUACACUGGGCCCUAUGGAAAAAAGCCUUUCCCUACCAAACAAGUCGUACUCGUUUAAUGAUGCCAGUCAAAAAGGUUGGAUAACGUUUGACGACGAUAACGGCACCGGCAAAAUAAACAGGCAUUCUGGCAACAGCUCGACGGUGGAUCAUGUAAGUUCAGAAAAUGAUCUGUUCCAGCUGGGAUUUACUAAUGACUGGAGUGUCACCUCCACUGCUUCCUCCCAUACGUUGCCGCUAAGGAAGCCCCCUGCCAUUCCAUCUCGAACAAAACGUGAACAGCCAUCCACCAACGUCCCACCAAAUAAUUCUCCAACUCUAGAGUUUACAGAUCGGUAAUGUGUUGCUUUGCCAGUUCGUGUGUACAAUAAAAUGUAUUUCUUUGUUACAUCCAUAGUUAUUUUUAUGUGAACUAAAAACCACUAUAUUGUAUACUUUGUGUAUAUCUUGCUUACGUUUAAAACAUUUCAAAAUGUGCUGUUAUGGUCGCCAUAUACACUGAUGUUGGACUGUACAAUAAAGUGUACACCUCCCCUAUAUGUUUAUGCAGAAAAGUGCACUGCUGCUCUACUAAUUACGAGAUUAUUUCAGUGAAUUUGAAUGUUGGGCUUUGGAAGUUAAUGUAAUGCAAGGCAGUGGUGGUCUGUCACUUGUGUGUCAGAACAUACACAGCCUUAUAGUGGUUCAAGUAAAAUGGUAACAUUAUGAAGGUUUACUUGCUCUGUAUAACCGAAUAUUCUAUAUGACUGGUUUGAGAAUUUCAGUCUAUGGAUAUGAAUGUAGGGCCUUUGGCACACAGGAUGAAUUUCCGACAUCUUGGCUACUGUGUUCUCACCAGUUCUGUAGGAUUUACAAUAUUUGAACACAAUGGGAGGUGAUUUGGGGGCAUUUUAAACUGCAUUGUUGACAAAAUACAGUGAGCGCUUUGUGUCUAAAUAAAGCAUUUCAUGUCAGCUCAAUAAUACCAAAUUUAUUAGAUGAAUCUUGCCAGCUCAUGGAAAGCCAAAGCAGGGUAGCAGUGUUGGUAUUAGGGUAGGGCAAAAGGGGCCAUAUUCACUGAAACCAUGGCAGCUUUAGGGGGCAAAGAAUAGUUAGAAAUACAAACAAUGCUUUCCAUUGUGCAACAGUUCUUAGAUAUGAUUUAUAUAUAAUGGGGAUGUCCGGUCUGUGAAGCUCCAGCCUCCCACUUCCUAGCCAUUACUGGAAUACAACAUACAACUCCCAGCACCUUCCACAAUGACAGUUAGGGAAAGUGGGCAGCUGCUGUGUGUUCGGCUGUCCUGUGGCACUUCAUUUUUUUUUCAUCUCUUGUCUCAGGUACCCAAUCCAUGGGUAAGGACUGCUAUUGCUACAUUACUGUUUGCAAGAGCUCUAGGAUAUUACCUCAUUUAAGGCUAAUAUCACACUAACAAAAUUGCCUCCCAAAAUUUGCACAAAUUGGGAAAAGAAGGCACACAAGUGUCAGUGUAGACUAGGGGCUCGGCCUGAAGGCUAGUUAGGGUGAGGUUUGAGGAGAAUGUCUCUUUGGUCUUCUAGCUAUUCCUAUAAGUUUAGGAUGAAGGUCAAAUAGCAUGGAAUAAGGGGAUGAACAUAUAUUUGCUGUAUAUAGUUGCAACUAUGGCUGAAUUGUUGAUACAGCAAUCUUAGCCUAUAUCUGUAUCCUUAUUAUGAACCAAGGGGACCCUCAGCCUGUAAGGGGGGCUUGAACAAAAAAAGUCUGCCAAACACCUGUUCUAGGCAUUCACUUGUGAUUGUCCCUAGCCAGAAUGUCCUUACCGUAACUGGUUAGCAGCCAGUCACAGUGAGCCUUUCAAAAUGUUUGUAUUCCCAGUCUAGGAGCUUGUUGCACUACAUCAUUACAGUUGGCCACUAUGACUUUAACCUUAGAAUAAUGAAUUAUAAGGGACAUAAUAUCAAAUAUUAAUAAUGUGCAAUUCAGAAAAUUCCAUAGGCUCUUCAAGGCAACAUAACAUUCUGCUCUAAACUGCAGGCACUGCAACUAAAUGUACAUAUAUUUAUAUCAAUGCUAAUUAUUUGCAAUUAUACCACUUUAAAGAGGCAAGGACCUUGGGAUUUAUUAUUUAUGCAAUGUAGAAAGGCAGGGCUGUUCCUGGUAGACGAUAAGUCAUUUCUUUAUUGCUAAGCUCUACAUGUAGGCAUACGGCAGAGACUGGACUAUCAUAGAGCACAGGUGGGCAACCUGAUUUGUGGGGGGCCCGUAUUUCCCAUCACUGCUCUAGAGAGUAAUAGCUUAUCAGCUUAUCACCCCCUGCCCCAGACAUUAUCACACACAACAAAUAGUCUAGGAAAUAUGGGCAUAAAAUCUAUUUAUCUUCUAAGUGUAUCCGUUAAUGCUAUUCUGAAAAAUAGCAUGUAAAGAUAUUUACUAGAUUUUUAGUGGCGUCAAGAACAUGAAAUAAUUUAUUCAAACAAAAUAAAGGGAUGUGGUGUGUUUUA